UCUAUCACUGAACCAUAUCAUCCUCCCUAACAAUUUUGAAACUUACCUGACUACAUCCCUUUGAGUCCAAUUCGUACUCGAGCGAUAUGGGUACCAGCAAGAAAGCUGGCGCCUCGCAACAAUAUGACCGCCAUCCAUUCCAAUCGUCGAUCGAAGAACUAGUCUCACAACUAGGCGGCGUGGACGUCGAUCAGGGUCUGAGACCGAACCAGAUUUCCGAGCUCAGAUCAAAGUAUGGAGAAAACAAACUCGAAGGCGAAGGUGGCGUGAAAUGGUAUGCAGUUCUGUUCAAACAAAUCAGCAAUGCCAUGGUCUUGGUUUUGCUACUUGCACUAGCUCUUUCAUUCGGAGUUUCUGAUUACGUUGAAGGCGGUGUUAUUACGGCUGUUGUCGUUAGCAAUGUCCUCAUUGGAUUCUAUCAAGAGUUCCAAGCAGAGAAGAAAAUGGAUUCGCUCAGGGCUUUGUCUUCACCCACGGCAACUGUACUGCGAUCUGGAAAUCUAGACUCAAUACCAUCUGCUGAAGUUGUCCCCGGUGACGUUAUCGUCAUCAAGACAGGAGACACAAUUCCUGCUGAUUUGCGGAUCUUCGAAUGCAUGAACUUGGAAUGUGACGAGAAGAUCUUGACGGGAGAAGCAAUCCCAGUCGCAAAGGUUCACGACGCCGAUUUCUCGUCCACAAACGAGCUGGAGUGUGGUGUGGGUGAUCGCAUCAACAUGGCAUACUCUUCUUCCACCGUUACGAAGGGCAGAGGUAGGGGCAUCUGCGUCUUCACGGGCAUGCACACGGAGAUUGGUCGUAUUGCGCAGUCUAUGCAGGGCACGAAGCGAAAAGAGAACCGUUCCAUGUCUCGAAAGAAGCAUGGCACCCUGCAACCUGCAAAGGGGGCAGCACUUCGAACAUGGGAUGCCAUUGGCAAGUUCUUGGGACUUACGCAUGGAACCCCUCUUCAGAUCAAGCUCAGUAAGCUUGCAUAUACGUUGUUCGGAUGCGCAAUCCUGUUAGCCAUCAUCGUUUUUGGUGUUCACAAGUUCGAUGUAACAAGCGAGGUGGCCAUCUAUGCUAUCUCCACUGGAAUCGCCAUUAUUCCCGAAUCCCUCAUCGCUGUCUUAACGAUCACGUUCGUUACUGGCAUGACGCAAAUGCGUAAACGACGAGUGCUGACCCGAAAGCUCUCCGCCUUAGAGGCCCUCGGCGGCAUCACCAACAUCUGUUCCGAUAAGACAGGUACACUUACACAAGGUCUGAUGACGGUUCGCAAAGCUUGGGUACCCGGCGUUGGUAUCGUCGGCAUAAGCAAUUCAGAAGAUCCUUCGAACCCCAAACAGGGCGAGAUCACGAUCGGACCUGCCAAAUCGAAAGCUGAAAUGGAAUCAGAGAAACAGGCCCGUGAGGAGCACUUUGAUACACUUCGUUCUGGUGCCGCCCUCAAAUUUGACCUGCCCUCCAAGCACCCAAAGUCCGAAAAGGAUGUGAAAAACACCGCUACUUUUGAGGAUAAGCUUCCCGAGGGUACGACCGAGUUUACUGGGCUAACACCACCUCUCGAGGCUCUGGUACAAACCGCUGCACUUUGCAAUCUUGCCACCGUACGCCACAACGAACAAGAAGGGAAUUGGCAGACGACGGGUGAUCCGACAGAGGUUGCCCUCCAGGUCUUUGCAUACCGAUUCGACAAGGGCAAGAAGACAUUGGAAAAGGACGAUGGCUGGUCUCAGAUCUCGGAAUAUCCGUUCGACUCCACCGUCAAACGGAUGUCCGUGGUCUACAAGUCCCCUAAUGAUGGCGAACUUGUGGUCUUCACAAAGGGUGCAGUGGAGCGAAUCCUGGACCUCUGUGAUGAUGUCGGUGUUGAUGGCGAGCGAAAGCAAAUGACAGAUGCUGUAAAAGAGUCUAUCUAUGAACAAAUGACUCUUCUUGCAGAUCAAGGUCUUCGCGUACUGGCACUUGCUACGAAGACUUGGCCCGGCCAAUUUGAGGACAAUACACCAAGAGAUAAGGUCGAAUCGAACUUGACGCUACUUGGUCUCACAGGCCUUUAUGAUCCCCCGAGAUUGGAGACCAAAGAUGCCGUGAGGGAAUGUACAAACGCCGGUAUCAAGGUACACAUGCUGACUGGAGAUCACCCCGGAACUGCCACAGCAAUCGGAAAAGAAGUCGGUAUUAUUCCGCGAGACUUCAGCACCUUAUCGAAAGAGGUUGCGGAGUCGCUUGUCAAAACUGCCGCUGAAUUCGACGCAAUGAGCGACGAACAGAUCGAUGCCAUGCCUGAGCUUCCUCUGGUAAUUGCUCGUUGCGCACCACACACAAAGACCAGAAUGAUAGAUGCCCUCCAUCGCCGCAAGGCCUACGCUGCAAUGACGGGUGAUGGUGUCAACGAUGGACCAAGUUUGCAAGCUGCUGAUGUCGGUAUCGCCAUGGGUAUGGCGGGUUCAGACGUCGCGAAAGGAGCGUCGGACAUCGUGCUCACCGACGACAACUUUGCUUCUAUCGUCAACGCUAUCGAAGAAGGACGUCGCAUGUUCGAUAAUAUCCAAAAGUUCGUCUUGCAUCUUUUGACCUCCAAUGUUGGCGAGGUUGUCCUGUUGGUUCUUGGUCUCGCGUUCAAGGAUAAAGAUGGCUACUCAGUCUUUCCUCUCUCACCUCUUCAGAUUCUCUGGAUCAACAUGGUCACCUCCGGUCCACCAGCGUUCGGUCUUGGUCUCGAAAAGGCUGUUUUCAACAUUAUGCAGCGCCCGCCUCACGACACCAAGAAGGGUGUUUUCAGCUGGCAGAUCAUCACCGAUAUGAUCGUGUACGGAAUUCUCAUGGGCUCACUCUGCCUCCUGACAUUCGUCAUUGUCGUCUACGGCGUCGGCGACGGCAACCUCGGUCACGAGUGCAACCGCACCUACUCUCCAGACUGCAACCUCGUGUUCCGUGCCCGUGCCGCCGUCUUCGCAGAACUCACUUGGCUGAUUCUCAUCUCCGCGUGGGAAAUCAAAUCAAUCCGCCGCUCCAUGUUCCGCCUCGACCCCCACUCCACCUCUAAAUUCCCAUUGUUCAAGGACCUUUACGGAAACAAAUUCCUCUUCUACGCUGUAGCAGUCGGUGCCGUCAUUGUCUUCCCGUGCGUAUAUAUCCCAGGUUUCAACGACAAAGUCUUCAAGCAGAAACCAAUCACCUGGGAAUGGGCACUCUCAAUCGGCGCAGUCAUCGUCUUCGUAGCAGGUAUGGAGCUGUGGAAGUUCACGAAGAGGAAGACAGGCUGGUUCGCUAUGGACGAGGCGGACCCGAACCCGAACAAGAAGGGUGGAUUACUGGAUUUGAAGCAAGGGUUCUUCAGCUUUGCAAGGACUUUGAGUAGGACUACUAGUAUGGGGAAGGCGAAUACCCGGGAGAGUAAUGCUAGCUCGCCAGCGUGAUAGACUGAUAGAUUGGGUGAGACAUGAAGGUGCCCGGCUCUCGGGGGACGGAAAUUGGCAUUCAUUUGUGCUUAUCCAGGGUUGAUCUGCAGGGCGUUACCCGGAUGCACAAAGUUUACUUUUAUAGAAAUCCCAUAACUG